UAAAAAGAUUUCGCACAAAAGGGAGAAAAUAGUGCUAUAAAGAGUGCUAUCUUUCCAAACAACCAACGGAUCUGAGCCUUUGAGAAGAAAGAAAAAUUUUCACGGUGUAGUAACGUCAAUGACAAUUCCUUGAGUAAUGCAGUUGUGGUAUGUUUUCCACAACAAAAACUCCGCCUCCGCAGUUUUCAUUAAGACCAACUCCACCAUCAUGAACAUCUCAUCAACGAUUACUUCAUCGUCGAGCUCUCCAAAAAGACUAAAAUUCCCUUGCACUCUCCUUUCCGAUUUUCAUUUCCAUCUUUCACGCCUAAAUAUGAAUGAAUAAUUAACUUCAAUCCCAAAAAGAACAACAACAACUUGUGCACCGCAACCAUGGAUAAUCCUACGUCCAUCUCAGUUUGUUCCAAAAGCAAACAAAUCACUAAAGCAAUACGACAUUUUGAUUUGAGAAAGACAGACAAUAUUAUUAAGUAGUAUUUUGUACUGAUUAUUACAUGUCACGCCGAAUUAUUGUUAUUUGUUGAUAAUUCCAACCAUUUCCGUCUGAUUUAUUAAAGAAGAAGAUUUUAUAAUAUUUUUAGAUGUUAAGAAGUUAAAAUUAAGAAGCGUUGAUUGAGCAAUUUUUUUGAUUUGCACUGAAGGACAGCCAACUUUAUCAACUUUUUGUAAAUAAUUGUAAAAUAUAUAAGUCAAAGUGAAACUAAACACGUACAAAACAAAAGAAUCAAAGAACCCACCUGAGCUUAACUUUCUAGUAAUAUUAUAUUUCCGAAGGCGAUGUUGAUAAUAUUUUUGUAUCGAACCACAUUUUUUAUGUACGUAUUUUCCUACUAGCCGAUUCUUCCCAUAUAAUUUGUAAAUUUCUCCAAGAUUAAGACUAUGUAUGCUGCAGCAGGGGGCGCUUCUCUCGCUAGCAGACAGGCCAGACAAAAGCAAAAGCAGAACAAGCAACGGCAGCAAAAGCAGAAUAAAGCAACAGAACUAGCUUCGAAACCGCCGCAAGCCAAAAACUUUCAGAAUUACACAGAUCCAUUAGUUCCUAGGCUUUCCCGAGUCGAAAGGGGCACUCUAAAACCAGCUCCUCCAAAUGAAAGGCGACAUUCAGCUUCGAACUACCACCUCAAAGAACCUCAGCACAGAUCUCGGAUUCGAGAAAGCCCUUCGAUAUCGAUUCCAGUACAAAACAUACCCGCCGCACAACAACCCUCAAGUCCCCAACACCAUCCCCCCCAUUUACCUUUGUUUUCUACACCUUCCCUCCAAAGUCAACUGCCGCAAAUUUAUAUUCCCGAAGAUGGAAACCUGGAGAGGAGGUGUAGCUUCGUUCGACAGGUCGAGGAAAUGGAGAAACACCAGGAGCAGGGGUUACUCGAUAACUGCAACCAUAUUUGUAACUUCGAAUUUAAGGAACAGUUUUACACGGAGUACGACAGGGAUGCGUUCGGAAGUUUGGACUAUCCGUUUUCUGAGUGUUCGCAAGGGCGAGCCGCAUGGCAGGAACGUGAAAGGGAUAGACGCUGUUCACUCUCCGAGGAAGCGCGGCAACAUCGCAUCAAGCAAACCGAAGCUCAUCAUCGAUGGAUGAAAAGGAACAGGAUACACGAUUCAAGCUACGGCGUCGGCUCGGACGAAGAAGACUUCUUCAGCGUGUACCACCAGAGCGCCGCCGCGAACGCCCUUCUCUACGUCGGUUUGGGAACCACCGCGAUCGGGAGUGUCAUCUUCUUCGUGGGCACCGGCGAGAAAGGCUUCAAAACCUUAGAACUACGACUCAUCGGACCUACUCUCAUAGCCUGCGGCCUACUGUGUUGCCUAAUUCGAGUGUUAUUAUGUGCCGUGCCGUCUACUUGUUUUAGAAAUCGAAAAAAGACUCGGCUCAAAGCCAACGUAUGUCCACACGGAUCCAAUAGGUAUCUGGCGACUAAGUUUAAUUGUGCGCAUGAUUCGGAUUUUGUAAAUGUAGAUAAGACUUCCCAUAGAAAAAGUAAAAAGAAAGUUUCCAUAGUACCGCCUAAUCAUUCGUUGCCUAGUACUAGUACCGCUGAAUACAAGGAGCUACCUCAGUCGGCUACGAAGAUCUCCAUACCGGAGAUCCAUUUGCCCAACAGCUUUAGCGAAGACGGAAAUAAAUCUCCGAGAGAGGACUCCAUCAUCGAGCUGCAAGCUCUGGACUUAACUUAUGAUAUACAGAGUAUUUCAAGUUCCGAUAGUGCCAGUGAAAGCAAAUCGGUGAUCGAAGCGGAAAAACUGACAUCGAAGUUCAUAAAAUCGAGAGAGCCUGCGAACAGCAGUUGCCAAGGCGAUGACAAUACCGAGACUUGUUUAAGUGUUGUUCUAGAAAGAAAUGACAAUAGUGAAAGUAGUGAUGGAGAUAAAGAAAAAACUACUAGUGAUAAACAGGCGCACAGCGGUAUUGUACUAAGUCCUUUACAGUUAGGACAAUAAUAUACAUUUAAGUUAUUUAUAACAAUUAAGUUUUAGUCAGUUUGUGAAGUGUUCAAAAAAGUUUUUCAUUUUUAUCACAGAGGUGUCCAAACAUUGGUUUGUUUAUCAAUUAUAAAUUAUUAUUGAAUAAAAAGUCGGCAUGUUUAAAUAAAAUGGUAUUUAAAGGAAAUGUUUACAGAUUAAGAUGACAAAGGUGUUGCGUAGUUAAAAUAAUACAACAGCUUUUCGUGAGCAAUAGUUUAAAACGGCCUACACACGUCCCGACCUUGCCAUCCGACCAGACUUAAUUUCGACCUUGCCAUCCGACCAUUCUUGGUGGGGUGAGCUCUACACACGUCCCGACCAUAUUAUACGACAAAGACUGAACUUCCUGACCAUUACCUACCACAUCCUAGUCUAUCGGACUGUCGGGAUAUCACGUUUGUACAACCAGAUCGGUCGGUACAACUUGUUUUGUUGUUUCAACGAGACUACACUCAAUAAAAUAUAAAAUUACAACAAUGACUAACCAAGAACCUACCUUAAAAUCACAGUAGAACAAAAAAACUAAGAUUGAGUAAAAUAAAGUAAAGGAAAUCAGUCUGAGGCAAAAAAACAAGAGCAUUCAAUCAGUGUAUUCUACAUGUGCGGGCAAGUGAUUAGUCAACUAUUUAAUCUAUCAAAUAUCUAAGUAGGUAUCUAGGUCAUGUCAUGAGAGGUUAGAGGUCAGCAAAGAAGCAUAGACCGACAGCCUAUAUUCUGGCUAAACAAUUUAAGACAAUGGUAACAUUGUAACGCUGUUGAACUAUUUAGAGCAGUAGUACCAAACGUGAAGAUAGCCGUAAUGAUAGCCUACCUUCUUAAAGGAGACAGCACUUAAAGAAGAUGAAGAAGAAGGAAAGCGUUCUUUAUUUUAACAUUUGUCGAUUGGUAACUUUUAUUUAUUUUACACAAUGGGUAAAUUAUACAAAUAUCUUCUUUAAGUGCUAUCUACACGACGAAGGUUGGCAAUCAUCAUGGCUAUUCUGACCGUCGAGGCAGCUGCUCUGAACAAUUGCCUUCAGCUGCAUACAAACCAUCGUCUCAGGUUCUUCAGCCAGGAAACGUGUCUCCUUCCUAAGUUUCUCCUACCCUCAAUUUUUCCUUGAAUUAUGAGUCUGAAGAUAUUGUAUCUUUCCCUUUCAUCACAUGCCCAAUAUAUUAUAUAGCACUAUAUAUAUUUUUUUAAAUGUUUUAUUUAGAAUAUGUCCUUAACUAAGAACAAUAGCUAAAUUAUUUGACAAAAAUUUGAAAAAUUAACCUGUAGAGGGAGAUCCAGUGAUAACCCUCUUUACAUAAAUUAAAUUAAAACAAGUUAAAAUAAGUUUAGUUAUCACAGAUUAUUCGAAUCUUCUUGCUAGGUCCACUGCUUUGAAUCUGUUCAGGCGUCGUACAUCAUUAUGGUCAUCAGUGAGGUUGCUGGCUAACUCGUUUGGAUGAGGUUCUAGUCUCUUGGAAUAUUUUUUGUAAUAUUCUGUUAUUACUGUUUUUAUGGAUGGCACAUUGAGGUCUUGCUCUAUCACAUAGUUUGGCACGUGCCAAGGGGCAUUUAGCGUUGUUCUAAGGACUUUGUUCUGGGUAGUACUAUAUAGUACUAAAUAUAUAGUAUUGUAUGUUGGGGUUGAAGCAGGGUUGAGACAGCUCCCAAACAUAAAAAAUACAACGAAAAAAAUAGCGAAGCCAAUGAUUUAUAUAAAAUACAUACUGAACGUUAAGGUAUCAGACUAAAAAGAAAUAGCUAGGUUUGUAAUAAAACUAAACUGAAAGGUUUAAACAGAAGAAGGAAGGGUAAAAUAUUUCGACGUUGGGAUCCAUAAAAUUACAAGCUACAAAGAAGGAAACCACAAUUGAAGAGUGGAGAUAUAUAACGGGCCAAGUGACAAAAAUACACAAUCGAGAAAAAUGAGUUUUUAUCGGGAAACGGAAUACUAUACUUAACGGCGGACGCUAUCUGUUGAAUUUAUUUAGAGCUGUUUUCAAUGCAACUGUCACUUGGCCCAUAAUACAGGUUAACGGCAUUGUUGCAUAGACCAUUAUAAUGGAAAAAACAAAAAUAUUGAUUUUUUGUCACUUGGCCCAUUAUAUAUAUAUCCACUCUUUAAUUUAACGUAUCCGAUGCAGAGACAUGUUAACGAUAGACCAGGCUAGUUAUAUGCCACUCAAUGCAUCGGGGUGUAACGCCAAUAUCAAGUACGGUGGUCUAGCUAUCUUUGUCUGUCGUGCGAGUGUGAGCGUAUCUACCAAGAGGUGGGAGUAAUGGAACGACACAAACACAGAGGCGGCGGCCAUCAUAUGUUAGAGAGAGAAAGCUAAGCGCCGGUAGAUAGAGAUAGGUAGACCACCGACCCGAACUGCUCCGUGUCACGCUAUUUUUCGGAACUGACCUAAUCUACUUAUUAUUAUAUCUAUGAUCAGAUGACAUAAAACAACAUAUUGGACCAAUAUGGAUGCACAAAGUCCAAUAGAGAAAGAAUGACGAAACAGGUGGAUUAAGUGCUAUAUUGAGAUAGUAGAAUAAGUGUUCAGAGUCAGUUACUGAACGCUGAAAUAACUGAAAGAGACCACAGACACGAAUAUCUUUAGGAAAAUUGGGACAGAAAUCUUUAAAAAAAAGAAGGAAUAUCGAAUGGAACCAUCGAAUAGAUCAUUCGUUUAUUAUUGUAAGUUUAUAUUUGCAUCUAUGAGACCAUUAUUCAACGAUUUAAUUCAAAAGCAUGUCAAACAUUAUUAUAAAUUGAAUAAAAAACGAUUUUGAAACAAUUAAAAUCAAAUCCUAGCAAUAAAAAUUACGUUUUACAACCUGAUGUGUCAUAUGACAUGAUAUCUGACAAGUGAUUUAUUAUCGAAUACAGUUGACAGAUACUAUACGACAAAUAACAUCCGAAAAACGUAUAGUCCAUUCGCUCAGCUUGGAAAUAUUUUGACAGAUUCAUUUUUAGAAACAUGCAACACAAAAAUUCCUAUCUCUAAUUAAUAAUAGCUCAAAAACGUAAUGUUACAUACUUCUUUCAUUGCAAAGAAGAAGAAUAAUCAUGAAUAAUGGGAGUAUAUGUUCAAUAAUUUACAUUUUAUAAACGACUACAAAAUGUUACAAAUAAACUUCUGUUCUAAUUUAUGCAGUUUUUUUGCUUAAUAGCCUGCAUAUGCAAAUUUUUUUCCGAAAAUGGUCCAAUAGGUUUUUUAAUUAAACAUCUUUUAAAAAUAUUUUUAAAUAUUUUUAUUAGGUUAAAAACUUUGACUUUCAUUUAGCAGAUGUCGUUAGGCACCUACUCCAUUAAGUCAGUUGCAGUGCGAGGACUAAGGGCGAAGUCCCAUUUAUCCGAUCUCCGAUAUCCGACAUACGAAAAUCGUCUUUUUUCGUAGUAGCUAGUUUAGCAGCUGUCACAUGGUUGCGAUUAUCGGAUACGAAAAUCCGUAUAAACUGUCAACUGUUCAUGGUCAAAUGUCAAUUUUUUUUAUUGUUUGACCUUUGUUAUUUGUUUGGUUUGAUUAGUAAUGGCAAUAUUGUUGUAAUUUGUAAUUGUUAUUAUGCUUGAUACUAUAAAUAUUAUUUAUUAUAUUAUUUAUAGUAUCUUGUUAUUAUGGAUAACGUUGAAGAAACAAUGGAGGAGAUGCAAGAAACUAUGGAAGAGCUGAAAUAUUUAUCAACAUCAUUUAGCUCCAUUUCCUGCAAUAAAUUAUUAAAAGCCCCUUGUGACUUUCUUUGUUUAAAUAUUUCACGAACCCAAUAUCUUCUUGGCCGCAUUGUACGUUUUGGUUUGGUUUGGUUUAUUUUCACGAAUUAAAAGAAGCAGACAUAAUAAUAUACUGUUUUAUUAACUUUACGAACAUAACUUCUUCGAUUCAAAUCCCUGUUUCAAUAAAUUGAAUGCACAGAAAUAAAAUGAGGUUACGUUACAAUUACAAAACGUCCGUUUUAUCGGAAAAAGUUAAAAUAAUUUCAACUUUAUCCGAUGUCGGAAGUGUAGUUAAAACUUUCGGAUGAAAUUCGGCGCGAAAAUAUUCUGAUUCGAUUCUGACCAAUGAGAAUACAUUCGCAUCAACGUAUCGUCGGAAAUCGGAUACAUGGGACGUCGCCCUUACUCUCGCAGGUUUGUCACUUGGGGCAGAGAACAGCACGCCUACGCCUCUCUGAUUAAUAUGUAACUCUAUGCUGAUGAUUCCUCCAACAAGAGGCGAAAAUUGUCGAUUUAGAGUGCUGGUUUGCGCUCUCUGUGCUAAGGUCCGCUUGCCACUAUGCUAAAUUUAGUACUGAAAUUAGUACUAAAAAUAUUGUAUCUACAAAUUAGAUGCGCGCGCCGAUUUAGUACUAAAAAUUAAAACAUGUUCUAAUUUCUUGUACUGAAAUUGACACAAUAUUAAAAAGUGAGGUUGUAUUGUAUAUUAGGUACUUUUGUUUUGUUUAUAGGUACAUAAUAAUAAUAGUGAUUUCAACUUUCAACAUGUGGAGCCAAAGGCAGAUUGAAACAUUAAUAGAGUUUUACAAAUCGAAUCAAUGAUCAAUGUUUGUAUGUGCCAAAGCACCCUCUCUUUAAGAAUAGGAACGCAGGAAUUAAAGUUUUGGAAGAAAUAAAGGCAGAAUUAGCCAAACUAGGUGUGGAUAUAUCUGUAGCAGAAAUAAAAGCCAAGUUUGCCAGUUUUGCAAAAAUACUUCUUCCCAUCUUUUAUUGUUAAUAAGUUAAUGGAUUUCAACUUGCAAUAUCAAUUAGUAAAGCUACUAUCUAUGAACCUUGAGUAAAGCUCAUGUAAAUUUAGUAGAGGGCAUGCCUAUAUGCUGAUUACAAUUCGUAUAGUUGCAAACACAAACUUGGCACAAACUGACAUUUUUCAUACUAAAUCGACUCGCGCAACUAACCAAUAUUUUUAGUACUGAAAUCAGUACUGAAAUUAGUAUAAUGGCAAACGGGUCUAAGUGAAAAAUAAGACAGUUUUGCCUUCGCAUUGCAACUGAAUAAAAAUGGUAUACUUUUUACUUUGCAUAUUUUGUUGUUUAGAUAUUGUGUAUAUACGCGUUUGCUUGGUUUUAUAGUAAUUUCCAGCUACUGCCAGUCGGUCAAGAUAUAACCAACCUACCAAACAAUAAUUACUAAAUUUACUAAACAAUUGGGACUGAAAUCAGCGAACGAGUAUACUUAUAACUGGGAUACCUGUAUUUAAAGAUGUCGAUUAUUUUUAAAUUAGAAGACCUAAACACACCGCCUUGAUUGAGUCUGACAAAUGAGUCUGACAUAUUAUCUGACAAGUUAUUUAUGAUAUAUGACAGUUGACAGAUGCUAUACGACAAAAAAUAUCAUCUUAAAGGUGUUAGUGGGACACCUGUAUUUAAGAAUGUUGAUUAUUUUUAUAUUAAAAAUCAUAUGAUACUCCACCCUGAUUGAGUCAAGCAACUAGGUAUAUAACGGAAUUGAUUAAUUUUCUUUGAUAGUUUUCACAAACUGACUGAUUGUUACAGAUUUGACACAUGUUUUAACCGAUAGUGCAAACGUUUUUUUACAUUAUUUUUGCACAUUUUGAUGACAAUAAUGAAUGCAAACUCUAUUAGUAAAUAUUUUCUAAUGAUACUCGAUAGACCUAAGUGAAAUAAUCAAAACACCGUUUUGUAUUGUUGUGCACACUAUAUAUUCUUAAUAAGAUAAGUUUUUUGUCUUUAACACUGUUAAAUUGUUCAUUAUGCAUGGUAUAGGAAUUAUCUUUAAUUUUUUCUUUUAAUAAUAUAACUUCUCUUUUGAAUAAAAAUAGGGUAGAGUGAGUUUUAAUAUGUAAGUUCCAGCGCCUAUGGUGCAACUGUUUUGAAACUACAGUCUGAAACCAAUUGCACUCGCAACUAUUUUGUUAUAUCGGCAGCGUAUAAGCACGAGGAUUCGCCCACAAGGCGAUCCUCUUGAAACUGGUUUCCAACUAGUUUUCAACCGUUAUUUUAAAACAGUUGCGUCUUUUGGGCGCUUGGCCUAAGUGUGCAAGAAUUGAACAGCAAUGUGACGAAACUAUGGUAUGUAGAUGUUAAGUAAACUUUAUGUGAUAUUGUAAUGAGUUCUUUACUUUAUUUUAUUUUUAACACUUACUGAAAAUACUUAAUUUAUUAGUCUUUAUUUUUAAUUUAUUUACACACUUAAACAUAUAAUUUAUAUACACAAUUAUUUAUUUAUAAUUUAUGUUCUAUAUUAUUUAUAACACGCGACAUUGAGAUAAAGACUGAGCUCGUUUCACAUAAAUUCUUUUAAUUUUCGUUUUGAAGGAAAUGAUUAUCUUUUAUUUAUAUUAUUUGAUGCCAGUUCUGUAAUUUUCGUCUGCGGCAAUAGUCAGUCUGGUAAUGCUUCCAAUAUUUUCGAUCUUCUUCGACGCAAACGCUAAAUAAUAUGGAAUCAGUAGACUCUAACUACCUGAAAACAGGUACUUGACGGUUGUUUAUACGAGGCUCCAAUCUAGGAGCCAUUUACUAACGUAACAAUAGCCUAACCAGCAUUAUUGAAUGUCUUGUUCUUGAAUGUCUGGAUAAUGUGCAGUAAAGAAAUUUGCGUAGCCGUAUAAAAUUAUCACAUUUCUCUACUGCGCAUGAUUAGGAUCUUCUAGAACAGAUCUGCGAUAGAAAAAAAUUAUAAUUAUUAUAAAAAAUAUUAAAACAAUCGACAUGAUUUCUACAAAAACAACACAAUAAAAGUAAAAGUAGAAGAACAAACUGACCCAACUGAAGCUGGUACUGGGAUAAGACAGGUGGUUCUAUUGGGAGAAAUCUCAAAAAAAGUUGUUUUUCUCCCAUCUAAUGGGAGAAAAACUACUUAAAAUCUACUGCUAUGCAGACGAUACAAUACUAUUCUCUCAAAGUGAAGAAAGAAAACUCUACUCGCCAGAAAAUUUUAACGAAAUAAAUAUACUAAACAGUUUAUUUGUAUUUUAUUUAAAUAUUAAACUAUUAUUAAUACUUACCUAUCACUUUCAAAAAAUGAUUAUUAAAACAACACCAAAAAUUAAAAAAAAAAUAGGAAUCGUCCGUAUUCGAAACCGGGACCUCUCGAUAGACUCUCUCGAUAAUACUCUCCAACGAAGCCAUCACCGCUCUGUUUACGUGACAUCUCGGACAUAAAUACAAAUCACGGUGACAAAUAGAUCAAGUGAAGUAAAAAGAUGUUAUAAUGGAUACUUAUUAUCUUACUCCCGACGAAGCCAAAUCCAAAGACGCAAAAAUUCUAACAAAUAAUAUAUUUACUAAAAACACUAAUUAUAUUCUUUUCAUACUCGAUUUGCGCUGAUACAUACAUAACUUGAAAGAUUAGCAACGAACUCCAUACUGUCUGUGUGCGCAUGCGGAAUAUAGGAAUCCAGAAUAAUAAAAAAGAAUAAUUAAAAUAUACUCUCAAUCUCGCCUAAUACAGCAUGCUACGCCUAUAACAUCAAAAAGAACAAAUGCAUGGUUAUAACAGCAAAUUUACAUAAUGUAAAUUAGAGCUGCAGGGUCAGGUAAUAGAACAAGUGUUGCAAUUCAAACAAAAGUAGGCGACAUCAAGUGAAUAGAGCAAAUAGAGCCGCAGGUUGCAGGAAUAAAACAAUAUGGGGAAAUAAAAAUAUCGGAAAAGGAAUGAAAGGCAGAAUUUACACAACAGUCAUCAGACCAAUAAUGAUAUACGCAGCAGAAAUACGACCUGAUGCAGAGAAGACAAAAAGAAUGCUAGAAACAGCAUAGAUGAAAACCCUUAAAAAAUUUGAUGGUAAGACACUAGAAGACAGAGCUAGAAGUACAGAUAUAACGGAAAUGCAAGGUAGAGAACAUUCAGAAUUGGGUAAGAAGCAGAAGAGUAGAAUGUAACGAUCACAUAAGUUGAAUGACAACAAAUAGAGUAGUAAGGAUGGCAAGAGAUGGAUCCCGAAUAGGAAGACGAUCAGUGGAAAGACCGAUGGAAUGACAACUCGCUGGAAACACAUUGAAAAACAAACAAAUUCUUUUCCACACAAAAAGAAGAAGAAUAAAAAGUAUUAGGGAUAUGAAAAAACUUCCAAAAAUAUGCAAAAUUGCUAAAAAAAAAACAAAAAAUAUUUAAUAAGCUAAUAAAACCCAACACUUAGUGAUGUGCAAAACCUAAUAUGUAAUAACAAUAUGUGAUGUUAAUCGACAUAAUAUGUUAAACAUAACGAGAAAAUCGUCAUCAUAGAGAUUUGGGAGAAGAGAUAAUAAUAGUGAGAAAUGGAAAGUGUUCAACAUUCUAGUACUAGAAUCUUUCUAAAGACCUUUCUAGCGAACAUCGAACAGCUUACUCUAGCAGACAUAUUUGUGCAAGAUUAUCUAGAGUACCUGGCCAACUAUGGCUUUAGAACACACCAACCCUCAAUUUUUUGAAACCUUAGGCAUCUAAGAUGAGCAAAUGUUCCCCUUAGAAGAAGUCACAAUCGUGUGGUUUAAAUUUUGAUAACAUUUGUGUCAUUCCAUAAACUUAAUUGGUCCACACUGACAUUCCGUUUUUCUUGCAUCCAUGGUUAGUGGAUAGGGCUUUUCAUCGAUUGUCAUUUGUUUCGAGCUUCUGUCA